UUUUCAACUUAGUAUUUCUAUUUGGUCGUAAAAAUAAAUAAAAAUGCAGGAAGUUUCGAGUGCUUUAAAGCAAAUGCGAUUUCCUCAAAAACUUUGGUAUUUAUUGGAUUUACACACCGAUGCUAUUUUAUGGGGAGGGACCGGACGAACUAUUCUUUUGAACUAUCGAGUAUUGCAUACAUACUUGAGAUGCAACCAUUCUAUAUUCAAGACAACAAAUAUUUCUAGUUUUGUUAGGCAGCUAAAUUUGUAUGGCUUUAGGAAAGUUACUUCACAUUUACAAGACCCUCUUUGUAACUCUAGUAACCCUUACAUGCACGAAUACAUGCACGAUUAUUUUCAAUUUGACCGUCCAGAAUUACUCAAUAAAAUAACAAGGAAGGCUCUUACAAUGAAAAAGAACUUUAAAGUAAAGAAUAUUUUUGGGACUACUGACCACUUACUUAAUAUGACUCCACUACAAAAAGCGCGAAGGGCUCUGCAAAUGGCACUUAAAAAAGCAGUUCAAAAUGUAUACAGUCAAGAUUCAACAAAACAAUUUUAUCAAGCUGAAUUUGAUGAUGAACAUGAAGAUUUUCAAGAAGAAGAAAGUUUUGAUGUUGACUGGAUUCCUGGUGAAAGUCCUUUUAAGAGUUUUGAAAAUAAUAUCCAACAAGCAGCCAUUGAAAAUUCAGCUACUAUUGAUGAAAAGGAAACUCAUACUGUAGUGGAAAGUAAUAGCAUGGUACCACAGGAGAGUCUUAUGCAUUUUUCUGAUGAUUCAAAUAAACAAACAAAUGACAACUAUCCUACUCAUUUCUUAAACAUGCCUGACCUUGAUUCUGAACAAAUUGAAGAAAAUUCUGGUGUUGAAUUACUAGCAGAAUUUAAUAUAAACAGCAACAUGGAUCAGGGUAUUAUUAAGAAGAAGAAUUUAAAGGAUUCUUCAUUGAACUGUGUAUUACCAUCAGUAAGCAAUGAUGACAUAAGUUUUAUUGAGUCUAAUGAUGACAUUAAUCAUUACAAUGGGGAAUGGGAUCAAAUGUUCAGUGAUAUGAUGACUAACAAAAGCUCUAGUCAAGAUAGUGUUUCAAAUCUAAAAGAGCUCUAUUCUCAGAUUUCGCAAACAAUAGAUUUACUUAAUUCAUAG